CCUUAAGUCAGCACUAUCAGCUCCAGCAUACUCGCAAGAAUGGAAGCAGUAGAUCCAGCUGCAAAGGUUGAAUUUGAUCAAGCAUUAACUUACAUCAAAGAUGUAGAGAAUAGCGUUUCUCCUGAUACAUAUAAGCAAUUCCUAGAUAUCAUGAGAUCCGUUGCCGAACGUGGCAUGGAUCCAGUACCGAACGAUGAAGUCUUGGAGCAAAUUCAAGCCCUUUUUGCGACCUCGCCUGGACUGAUUGAGGGGUUUAAGAAGUUUCUUCCUGUUGCAGCUCCUCCAGCUACCAGUAGCCUAGCGAAAGGUAUUGAACAAGACGUUGCAACAGAAGAGGAGGCAUCCUAA